ACAAACAAACAAACACAGGAGGAAUAAAACAAGCAAGAGAGCCGUUUCAAAGGCAUAUACCCUUACUACUACUGCUACUAUUAAGACUCCUGUCAGCUGUCAGAAUUACACAGGUCACAGGUGUCUUCCCCCAUGUAUGAAAAGUUUGUAAAAGAACUUCACAUUAAGGAAAUUGGAUCUUCUGUGAUGGAUUCAGAGCCUCUUCCAGAAACGAGAGAUGUUUUAAGAGGCCAUUUGCUUACCAAAGUGCGAUAUCUAAAUCCAGCUUUAGCAGAGCAGAUUACAGAUAAGUUGAUUGAGGAUAAAACAAACAAUCAGAUUAUUGAACUGCUAGUAUGUGAUUCUACAUUAGAAGAAAAUGUUGAGAAAUUUCUCUCCCGCAUUUCUGUUCCCAAUUCUGAGGUGAGGGAGAGUCUUGGUAUGGCCUUAUAUCAAGCUGUCUCAUCCGUUGAACAGGAACUGUGUGCUCAGGUAACGGGGAUGUUGUUGGAGUUGCCUGUUUCAGUAAUAUCCCAGCUGAUAAAUGAUGAAGCAGCACUGAAGGAAGCAGUCACCAAAGCCCGUCAAGAGUAUAUUAGGUUUUCACAGGGGGAGGAGGGCUGCCAGGAAGCCAGUGCUGUGGGAGUAUCGCAGAAUAUUAGUAAUGAGAAAGAGGAAUUAGGUGAGGUAAUAUUUGAAAAAAUUUCCAAGAGGCAUCCGCAAGAAGCUGCUAAAUUGACUGGAAUGUUACUUCAGAUGGAAUAUAAGGAUUUGGUUAGAGUGAUUGCUGAACCUGAACUUUUGACGAAGAAAGUGGAGCUCGCUUUGAGUGUUUUGAGGUCAUAUAAGGGAAGUUGAUGAUAUUGGACAAGACUAGUAUUUUUAUAGCUUUAAAUGUUAUCCAUUAUUAUUUGCAAUUUGCUUUGCCAAAAGAUGGGGCUGUGAAAGCUGUAGCGUUUUUUAUUAUUCAUGACGGCUCAUAAGAGUUUAGUCCUUCCUUUGAUGGAUAUAUUUUUGUGAUUCAGAACAUAUGAGUAAUACUUAGAUGUAUGGAAUAUAGAAGAAAAGAUAAUACA